AUGCCACUCGAGGUCAUAUACGUCACUCGUCACGGAUUCCGUUCUGGAUGGAGUGUCGAUCCUCUCACUGGCGUGUACACUGGGUUCAUACGAUCGCCAACAGGCAUCCCCGCGGACCCGGCCUUGACGUCUCACGGGGUCUCACAAUCAAAAGAGAUGGGUAAACAUCUCAUGACCCUGGAUCCUCCCAUCGAUGCUGUAUACUCAAGCCCGUAUUAUCGAUGCCUGCAGACGAUAACACCAUUCAUUGAGCUCAAGCAGCAGCAACUCAACGACCAACCAGGUAUCCGAGGCUCUGCGGCCGCCAGAAUACGCCCAGAACAUGGAAUAGGCGAGUUCUUUGGGGCAGCACCUUUCGACCAUCCAAUCCCCGCCCCUUCCAAGCGUCUCAAGGAGCUAUUUCCAGCAUUCGACGGGGACUAUUCGUCUGCAAUAACGCCCUCUAGAAAAGGCGAAACGAUCAAUGACCUAUAUGGGCGAGUUGCAGCAGCUGUACGGGCCAUCAUCGAGCGCUGCGACGCAGAGGGACACCGUGCUGUGGUGUUAUGCACACAUGCUGCAGUCGUCAUUACCCUGGGCCGCAUCCUUACAGGACGUAUCCCCAAGGCUGUCGAGGAAGAGGAUUUCCACGCCUUUACAUGUGGAUUGAGCACGUACCGCCGGCGAGGCCCAGGCCCGAAGAGAAUUACGACGUUGGGCCCCAACGAAUCUCGCCCACCCAUAAGCGACCUCAGCCCAGUAGGGGAGUGGCAGUGCGAAAUCGAUAGCGAUUGUGGUUUCUUGACGUCUGGAGAGGAGCGAGGCUGGAAAUUCUCUGGCGAUGAAUCGUUCCCAGGAACCGGCACGAUGUCACAAGGUGGCAUUGGGACCAAAUUAUAG